AUGUCAACUUUAUAUCAAAUUUUCAAAGAUACAACUUCAAGAGAUAAUAAAAAAAAAUUGAUAACAAUUCCUAUUGCCAAAGAGGAUAGUCAAUCAUUUGGUUCACUCUCUAUCACCUAUCAAAAGUUUUUAAAUGAUUCAGUUAGCUUUGCAAAUAAAUUAAUUGAAAAAGGUAUUAAAACUGGUGAUGUAGUUUCAUUAGUUAUUACAAAUGGUUAUCCAAUUUUAUCAUGUUUCUUGGGAUCAACAUUUGCAAGAUGUAUUGCAGCACCAUUAAAUUCAGCAUAUAAGAGUGAAGAAUUUAAUUUCUAUUAUAAAGAUAUGGGAGCAAAUAUUGUUAUUGUUCAAAAAGGGUUAAGUGAAGCAUUGAAAUCAGCCAAGGAAUUAGGUAUUAAAGUUUGGGAAAUUGAAAAUGUUGAAAAUGAAAAGGAAGGUAAACUUUAUUAUAGAAUUACAGAUCCAAGCAAUGGAGAUGACUUGAUUUUCUCAAGUGAAACAAUUUCAGGAGAGGAUGAAGGUGAUAAAAUUAAAUUGGAGACUGUUCCAGAUAAAGAUGACAAAGCAUUGUUUUUGCAUACUAGUGGUAGCACUGGCAGACCAAAGGGUGUACCAUUGACUCAUGAAAAUUUGGCAACCUCAAGUGCAAACAUUUCCUCAACAUUCCAUUUAACCCCAUCCGAUUGCUCAUAUGUAGUCAUGCCAUUAUUCCACGUUCAUGGUUUAAUUGGUGUUUGUUUAUCAACAUUCAAUGCUGGUGCUAGUUUAGUUGUGCCACCAAGAUUCUCUGCAAGUGUAUUUUGGAGCCAAGUUAAACAAUUCUCUGUAAAUUGGUAUAGUGCCGUACCUACAAUUCAUACAAUUCUUUGCAACGUCGAGCAAUCGGCCACAUCCUCUGCAUCCUCUUCCAACAAAGGGUUACUUAGAUUCAUUAGAUCAUCGUCGUCAUCAUUAUCACCAACUUUAUUAGAGACAUUGGAGCAAUUCUUUGGCUGUCCAGUAAUUGAGUCCUACGGUAUGACAGAGGCUUCCCACCAAAUGGCAUCGAACCCAUUGCCACAAGACGGUCCAAGAAAGCCUGGUAGCGUCGGUAAGGGAUUCAAUGUUCAAAUUAGUAUUGUCAAUGACAAUGGCGAGCAUCAAAAACAAGGUGAUGUAGGUGAAGUUUGUAUCAAGGGCAAGAAUGUUAUGCAUGGUUAUCAUAAUAAUCCACAAGCAAACAUUGAUAACUUUACAAAGGAUGGUUGGUUCCUCACUGGUGAUAUCGGUUAUUUAGAUCAAGACGGCUACUUGAUUCUCAAGGGUAGAAAGAAGGAAAUCAUCAAUAGAGGUGGUGAGAAAAUCUCCCCAUUGGAAGUUGAUAAUGCUCUCUUGGAAAAUGAUAAAAUUCUCGAAGCUGUUUGCUUUGGUGUACCAGAUGAAAAGUAUGGCGAAGAGAUUUGGGCUGCCGUCAUCCCAAAAGUACCUCAAUCAAUUACAGUCGAAGAAAUCACCCAAUUCCUCCAAAAGAAAUUAAUCUCUUUCAAAGUGCCAAAGAAAAUCAUUAUCACUGAUAAUUUCCCAAAAACUGCUUCAGGUAAAAUUCAAAGAAGAUUCAUUGCAGAUUUCUUUUUAAAACAACAAAAUCAAUAA